AUGGAUGAUGAUUUGUUUUUGAUGGUCCGCUCUGAUGUUUGCAGUGGCGGCGGUGGCACUACUAGGUGCAAGAUACAAGCUACUGUUCGGAAGACUAUGAUUUACAGGUUCAAACAACUUCUCUCCGAGGGUCGAGUUUAUGUCAUGAAGCUCUUCUCUGUUGUGCCAAACCAAGGAUCUUAUAGGGCCACUAGGCAUCAGUUUAAGUUGAUUUUCCAAUUCAGGACCACUGUUAGGGAUGCUAUCUGCGAUUUUAUUCCAAAAUUUGCUCUUACAAUCUCUCCAUUCACUGUACUUUUGAAAACCAAAGAGGAUUCCGAUUUCUUAGUUGGUAGAGUUGGACUUCAGAAUGUUAUGUUUGCAUCAAAUCUUGGAUUUAAUCUUGACAUCCCAGAGGUGGCAUCUUUUCGGAAAAUUUCUAUUCCACAUGGAGUUAGUGCAUCCCAACCCAUUGGCAUUGCAGAAUCUGGGAUUUACUUUUGUCAAUUUUGCAACAUCCAUGUUACAAAUGUGACUCCUAGGUUUAGAGUAAAGGUGUUGGUUGAGGAUUCCACUGGUGUUUCUAUUUUUGUCCUCUUUGAUCGUGAGGCAAGUUACCUACUGAAUAAGACUUGUGUCCAGUUGUUUGAACAACAUCUUAAGGAUGUUGAUGUUGUGUUUGGCACACAGUCUCUUCUUAUAUUCCAAGAAAUUGUUGGAAAAACUAUGCUGUUCAAGGUUCUUAGUAGGCCUGUUGGGAUGGAGAAAUUCAAAGGGACAUAUCCAGUGAGGCGUGUUUGUGAUGAUGCUGCAAUACUUGGAAUGUUUAAGCUCUCUGGUUCAGAUUUGAGUCCUGAAAAGGCUGGGUUUGUACUAAAAGGAGAGGGAUCAUUUGGGGAACCCUCUAAGGUUACCAAAUCACCGAAUUUGGGAUUGACUCCUUCCAACUGCUCUGAGCUCUUUGCUGGUUUGCCUCAAUGUACCCAAAAGGAAUCAAAUGUUGUUGACUUGGUUACUGAUGAAGAUGCUAAGUGUGCUAUUGUUUCGGCUUCAAAUGUGGCUUCUAUUGAAGACCCUGUUUCACAUAUUUCUGGUUCAAUAUUACCUGCCGUGGUUUGGGAGAAGCAGUUCUCUCAAAGAAUUAAGGUAAAUAUUAUGUCUUUUUCCUUUGGUCUUAUAUCAACUAUAUAUGAUCAUUUGUAAUUUAUUAGGAUUUUUUCGGAUAUCUUUCCUGUAUAUAUGAAUUAACUAUUCUUUUUUCCUUUUUAUAUCGAUAUCUGAGUACACUGAUUUCAAAGUGUUAUUUGCGGUGGAGUUACUGGAAUUGAUGGAGUUGGUUGUGUUAGGAGAAUUACUUGAAUUUGAGAUGUUAGGUCAAUAAAUUAGCGACUUGCGUAUGUGUAUGAAAUUUUCUUUAAUUAUAUUGGUUUUAGUUCUUAUUUAUAUUUAUCUUCUUAAUUGUGUUGUUUAUAUUUUUAAGUUGUAUUUGUUGUUGAAUAAUUUAUGAAGUUGAACAAGAUACAACAUUCUGUGA